AACAGAGGGAAAAAAAGGGUGGGAAUUGUGAAUGAUUGGUUUCACCCACAGACCUCUUUUCUGAGUGCGUAUGUAGUUUCAGCUCCUCCUGAUAAGUAACAAAGAAAAGAAAAACAUCUGCAUCUUUCUGCAUUUUCUGAUGAAAAUCAAUCUCGACCUUCUGGGUAUCUGAUAUUAUAAAGAAUGUUUGAUGAUUUCAAGGCUUUAUUCUUUCUGAGUUUUCUGACAUCACUAGCACUUGUUUCAAAGCACCUAGCUCCCUGAAUUGGUGGUUCUUGUCCUUUUCAACGAAUUUUUGCAGGAUUUCAUGAGAUGGCACUUGGCCUUCUAUGCCACUACUUCUGCAAAAAGUUAAAUCUACGACAAGUUCUGCAAAUUAUUUGUUUGUUUCUUCACGAGUUCAAUGCUCCAGUCUGUAACGUACAACUUCAUUGCUUAGUUGCCUAUUAGAGACAUUUAGAAGAUUUACAAGAGGGGAUUAUCUAAUGGGCAUAUUAUCAGAUCACAGAAAUUGUAGUUGUUCUAUGUGAGAUUGUUAAAUGGCAAAGAGGAAGAGCUGGUUUGGUUUCGUGAAGAGGCUGUUUGUAUGGGACGCACAGUCCAAACCAGAGAAGAAAGAGAAAAGAAGGAAAUGGAUCUUUGGAAUUGGAAGGCUAAAGAUAAAGAGAUUACCUUCUAUUACAGCUCCACCAGCAACACAAAAAGAAACAAAACAAGAGGUUGAAAAGCUCAAUAAUGGCAAUCAAUGUUACGAAGAAACUGAAGAAUUACAAAUUGUUAACUCCAGAAUUGAGGCUCCUCAACCCACAUCACAAUGCCAUGGCAAGAUUGAAGAAUCUUCAGCCAUCAAAAUUCAAACUACCUUUCGGGGUUAUCUUGCAAGGAAGGCUCUAAGGGCAUUGAAGGGAAUAGUGAAGCUACAAGCUAUCAUUAGAGGCAGAGCAGUAAGGCGGCAAACUAUGAGCACCCUCAAGUGCUUGCAGUCACUCGUUGAUAUCCAGUCACAGGUCUGUGCCAAGAGACUCCAAAUGGUUAAGGGAAGAUGGGAUUAUGAUGAAAACCAAGAGAUUCCAAGUUCAAGGGACAAGAUAAUCAGGAUGGAUUCAAACGGUGAAAGGAGGUGGGAUGACAGCAUUUUGUUGAAGGAAGAGACAAAUGUUUCUCACAUGAGCAAAAAAGAAGCAGAAAUUAAGAGAGAACGAAUGAAAGAAUACUCGUUCAAUCAUCGAAGAUCAGCAGAAUCAGAGAGAAAGAAGGUAAAUGGAAGAUUGAGGUAUUGGAUGGAGCAGUGGGUAGAUACUCAACUUUCCAAAAGUAAAGAACUUGAGGAUCUGGAUUCAGUUUACAGUUCACAUUACGGAGCAGGGGAAGAAGAUGGAAGAACAGGAAGAAGACAGCUACUUCUGAGAAAUAUUCAGAGUCAAAGGCAAAAUCAGAUUGAAGGCCUAGGCCUAUAUUCUCCAAAACUUGCUCCAGUAAGAAAACUUUCUCCUCACAGAAGGCAACAUUCUCUGGGAAAUGAUGAGCUUUCAAGCCCUUCUGUACUUCCCCCAUACAUGGCAGCAACAGAAUCAGCCAGAGCAAAAGCAAGAUCUUCAAGCUCCCCAAAACUAAGAACGGUGAAUGUGGAUCCAACAAAACUUGAUGGGAACUCACCAUGCAAAAAGAAGCUAUAUUUUGUAUCUUCUUCCAUUAACCAGCCAAGAUCUCCAAGUUUAAAGGCAGUCUCAGGACCUAUUAGAGCAAGCAGGACAAUGAAGGAUCUCAGCAUCAACUCUGAUAGCUCAUUUCUGUACGGAUACAAUAGAGAUUGGGAUGGGCCAGGUAUUUUCAAAUGAGGCUUUGGAUCCUGAUGCUGCUUGCAUUAACAGAACCCUGUGGGUUUUGAAGAGAAUGACUCUGUUCCUUACCUUGUAAAU